UGACGAACACAAUCUCCUUCCUGCGAGAAGUCACCCAUAGUCUCCAUCGACAACGGCUAUGGCCAGUACACUUUUGCGGCGGCAACUUGCGCUGCCGAGGCGCUCUCUUUUGCGCUCAUUUUCCUCCUCAGUCGCUCGUCGUCAGCCAGAGGUUGUACAACCUGGUACCAAUGGAACGUAUCAAACUCAUACUGUAGAAGACUUGCAUGGCAUGAGUGCGGCAGAAAUUUUGAAAGAGACCGGGACCAGAGCUGAUGCGAAGUUGCGGCACUUUACUGUGAACUUCGGCCCCCAACAUCCUGCUGCUCAUGGGGUGUUGCGAAUGAUUUUGGAAUUGAAUGGAGAGGAAAUUCUUCGCGCUGAUCCACAUGUUGGCCUCCUCCACCGAGGAACUGAAAAGCUGAUCGAGUACAAGACAUAUGUCCAAGCUCUUCCCUACUUCGAUCGGCUUGACUACGUUUCCAUGAUGACCAACGAACUUUGCUACUCGCUUGCAGUCGAAAAACUCCUUAAUAUCGAGGUUCCGGAACGUGCAAAGUGGAUCCGUACCAUGUUUGGUGAAAUCACGCGUAUCCUUAGUCACUUGAUGGCCGUCUUGUCCCAUGCUAUGGAUGUUGGUGCUCUCACCCCGUUCUUGUGGGGCUUCGAAGAACGCGAAAAACUCAUGGAAUUCUAUGAGCGUGUUUCUGGUGCUCGACUCCACGCCGCCUACGUCCGUCCUGGUGGUGUAGCCUUUGACAUCCCGCACGGUCUCCUGGAGGAUAUACACAUAUGGGCAACGCAGUUCUCUUCCCGUGUCGAUGAAAUCGAAGAAGUCGUGACUGGCAACAGAAUAUGGAAGCAGCGAACUGUCGGAAUUGGUGUAGUAACUGCCAAGGAAGCUCUGGAUUACGGGUUCACGGGUGUCAUGCUACGAGGUAGUGGUAUCCCAUGGGAUUUAAGGAAAGUGCAGCCUUAUGACAAAUAUGAUGAGGUUGAAUUUGAUGUCCCGGUUGGAAAGAACGGCGACUGUUACGACCGGUACCUUUGCAGAGUCCAGGAGUUCCGCGAGUCCCUGCGCAUCAUACAUCAGUGUUUGAACAAAAUGCCGACAGGCGUCAUCAAGGUAGACGACAACAAACUCGUUCCGCCACCCCGUGCUUCGAUGAAAGAAAGUAUGGAGGCACUCAUUCAUCACUUCAAGCUUUUCAGCGAAGGCUAUUCAGUCCCACCAGGUGAGACUUACAACGCCAUUGAGGCUCCUAAAGGAGAGAUGGCUGUUUACCUCGUCUCGGACGGUACCAAUCGCCCAUACCGAUGCAAAAUUCGUGCUCCCGGCUUUGCCCAUCUUGCGGGUUCAGACUUCAUGAUGAGACAUCACAUGCUUGCUGACGCUGUUGCCAUCAUCGGUACUAUGGAUCUUGUAUUUGGUGAGGUGGACCGAUAGACACUGCCUGACAAUGUAUACCAUGAAUCUUCUAAUACAUGGUGAUAUCGUGUGUUCAAGUUUGCACUGAUGAUUACCUCGGGCUAUCAAAACAAUUGCGUACUCCUUGGUUUUUAAGAACGCAUCUGAAAUCAGCCUUCAAUUUUUCCGUGCGAUACUCAAUGCAACAUUUUAACAUGA